CGCAUGCGCAGUUUUUUUCUUCUCUUCCGCGGGGGAAUGAGGAUUACCAUUUCCCAUAGACGUCUUCUGUGUAAGAGUGUGUGAGUGCUUACGUUGUCUACGUUAUUUGGACUAAAAUGCCGACACCUUUACGAAGAGAUGAGGAAUUAUCAGAAGAUCAAGAUGUUGCAAUUGAUGAUGAAGACGAAGAUUCUUUAGCAGGCACAGAAGAAGAUGAAAUGGAUGAUGGUGAAGAUGAAAACACUUUGCCAGAAGAUCCUGAUGAUCAGGAUGUAGACGAAGAUGGCGCUGGAACUCCACAAGCUGAGGAAGAAUCAAAUGGUGCUGUUGAAGAAGUGGAAGCACCUGCUGCAGAGGAAGAAGGUGAUGAAGAUGAAGAAGAAGUAGAGGAAGAAACAGAAGCACCUCCAAAACCCAAAAGAGAGAAGGGCAAAAAGCGAAAAGCCAGGGGGGAUAGUGAAAGAAAGAAAGGGAAAAAGAAAAAGAAGAAAAAGGCUAUGUCAGAUAGUGCUGAGGAUAGUGAUAGUAAAUCUGCAGGUGCAGCUUCAGACAAUGAUAGUGAUUUUGUUGCUGAAAGACCCAAGCCCAAAAAGCCUAAAGUAGAAAAGGGUCAGAAGAGUUCAGCUGAAAUCUGUGCAGAAUUUAACCUGGAAGAUGUAGUUCUUGACUAUACAGAUGAAGAUUAUGAAACGUUAACAAAUUAUAAACUUUUUUCUCAACACAUAAGGCCUAUCAUUGCAAAAGCCAAUCCAAAAAUUGCUAUUUCAAAAAUGGUCACUCUCAUAUCUGCCAAGUGGCGUGAGUUCCUAGAAAAUAAUCCAAAUAGAGAAGCUAUUUUGGAUGAAGAGGACAGAGUUGUGGUACCCAAGCCAAAGCCCAAAGAAGAGUUUGAAAAGGCACCUUCGAAACCUAAAAAGUCAAAAAGCCGGAAAUCAGUUCCUAUGUUAAAAAUCAAGAUUGGAGGUUUUGGUAAAAGAAAGAAGCAUAGUUCAGAGGAAGAUGAAAGUUAUAGUGAUAAAAGUGAUGCAGAUUUUGAGGCAGCUUUAGAGGAGGCACAAAAUAUGAGUCCGCCACCUGCUAAAAAGAAAAGCAAAACAAAAAAGACUAAGAAAAAGAAGAAAACAAAAACGACAGCAAGCUUUCCUGGGUCAGAAGGAGAAAAUGAUGGUUAUGAAACUGACCAUCAAGAUUAUUGUGAAGUUUGCCAGCAAGGAGGGGAGAUCAUUUUAUGUGACACUUGCCCUAGAGCUUAUCAUUUAGUUUGUCUAGACCCCGACCUUGAAGAACCGCCAGAAGGAAAAUGGAGUUGCCCACAUUGUGAAGGGGAAGGUAUUCAAGAGCAAGAAGACGACGAGCAUAUGGAAUUCUGUCGCAUUUGUAAAGAUGGUGGAGAGCUGCUAUGUUGUGAUAGUUGUCCAUCUGCUUAUCACACACAUUGCUUGAAUCCCCCACUAAAAACUAUUCCUGAUGGAGAAUGGCAUUGCCCACGGUGUUCGGAAGGGGCUGUUACGAAAGAAGUAGCAAUCAAAAAGAAAGUUGAAGACGAAAUAAAGGUUGAACCACUGAAAGCAAAAGUGGCAAAGAUCUUAACAUGGAGAUGGAGUGAAGUGCCCAAAUCUGAUGAUAUUAAAAAAGAAGAUGAUAAAGAUGAUCCUGCUCUUCAGCCAUCUACCAGCAGUAAAGCUCAACCAAAACCACAGAGGGAAUUCUUUGUCAAAUGGCAUGAUUUGUCAUAUUGGCAUUGCUCAUGGAUAUCUGAAAAUCAAUUGGAGUAUUAUCAUCCUGGAUUGUUUCGUUGCUAUUGUCGUAAAAAUGACAUGGAUGAACCGCCAGCAUUAGAUGAUGGUAGCAGUAGUUUGGAUGUUGGGAAGAAAGAAGAUAGGCGGUCUCGAGAAACAUUUCAAAAUUUGGAAGAAAAAUUCUACCGUUAUGGUAUUCGUCCUGAAUGGCUACAAAUACAUAAAAUUAUCAAUCAUAGGACUGGAAAAGAUGGGAAAACCAAGUAUCUAGUCAAAUGGAGAGAUCUUCCUUAUGAUCUAACCACUUGGGAAGAUGGUAAAAUAACCGAUGACUUUGAAAUUCCUGAUUGGCAAAAAGCUGAAAAUUAUUAUUGGGAUUUGAGAGCCUCUCUUGAAAGUCAAAAUAAGAAAUAUGUAAAAAAUAAAAGCUCUAAAGGUAAGAGGCCCAAAGAUCUUAAAGAUGAAGAUGGCACUAGGCGUUUGACACCUCCUCCUGACAAACCAACUGUCGAUGAGGAAGUAAUUAAAACACAGCCCAAGAAGAAAUAUGAAAAGCAGCCACCAUUUGUUGAUGCUACUGGAAAUGAGCUUCAUCCAUAUCAAUUGGAAGGAGUAAAUUGGCUGCGAUUUUCUUGGGCCAAUGGUACAGAUACUAUAUUGGCUGAUGAAAUGGGUCUGGGGAAAACUAUUCAAACUAUUGUUUUCCUUUACUCAUUGUAUAAAGAGGGUCAUUGCCGAGGACCAUUUUUAGUGAGUGCACCUCUUUCAACCAUCAUCAAUUGGGAAAGAGAAUUUGAGACUUGGGCUCCUGACUUUUAUGUUGUAACAUAUAUAGGGGACAAAGACAGCAGAGCUGUUAUUCGGGAACAUGAAUUUUCUUUUGAAGAAGGUGCUGUGCGAAGCAAAUCUGGUGGAAAAUCUGGCCGAAUUCGUAAAGAUGUCCCUAUCAAGUUCCAUGUCCUUCUUACAUCUUAUGAACUGGUGUGUAUUGACACAGCUAUGCUUGGCUCUAUAGACUGGCAAGUGCUUGUUGUGGAUGAAGCUCAUCGUUUAAAAAAUAAUCAGUCAAAGUUUUUCAAAAUAUUGAAUACUUACAAAAUUAAUUACAAGUUGCUGUUAACUGGCACUCCAUUACAAAACAACCUUGAAGAACUUUUCCAUUUAUUGAAUUUCUUAAAUGCCUCUGCUUUUAAUGAUCUUCAAGGUUUUCUUAAUGAGUUCGCUGAUUUGGCUAAAGAAGAACAAGUUAAAAAAUUGCAUGAUUUAUUAGGAUGUCAUUUGCUGAGAAGAUUGAAAGCUGAUGUAUUAAAAAAUAUCCCUGCAAAGAGUGAAUUUAUUGUUAGAGUUGACUUAGCACAAAUGCAAAAGAAAUAUUAUAAAUUCAUAUUAACUCGAAAUUUUGAGGCAUUAAAUGCCAAAGGAGGUGGUCACCAAGUAUCUUUGUUAAAUAUCAUGAUGGAUUUGAAAAAGUGCUGCAAUCAUCCAUAUCUGUUUCCUGCAGCCGCUCAAGAAGCACCUAGGCUCCCUAAUGGGGCUUUUGAAGGCUCUAGUUUAAUAAAAGCAUGUGGGAAAUUAUUGCUGUUGCAAAAGAUGUUAAGGAAACUGAAUGAAGAAGGUCACAGGGUCCUUAUUUUUUCGCAGAUGACAAAAAUGUUGGAUAUAUUAGAGGAUUUUCUGGAGGCUGAGUACUAUAAAUACGAAAGAAUAGAUGGUGGCAUUACUGGAGCUCAGCGACAAGAAGCCAUUGAUCGUUUUAAUGCUCCUGGUGCUCCCCAGUUCGCUUUCUUGCUUUCAACUCGAGCUGGUGGUUUAGGUAUUAACUUGGCAACAGCAGAUACUGUUAUUAUAUAUGAUUCAGAUUGGAAUCCUCACAACGAUAUUCAAGCUUUCAGCCGUGCCCAUCGAAUUGGUCAAUCAAAUAAAGUAAUGAUCUAUCGAUUUGUAACCAGAGCAUCUGUUGAAGAAAGGAUCACUCAGGUUGCUAAGAAAAAGAUGAUGCUUACACAUUUAGUUGUAAGACCAGGUCUUGGUAGUAGAUCAAACACUAUGUCGAAACAAGAACUUGAUGAUAUUUUACGGUUUGGUACUGAGGAUCUGUUUAAAGAUGAUGGGGAUAAAGAAGAUGAAAUCCAUUAUGAUAACAAAGCUAUUGAAGAACUUCUUGAUAGAACACAAGAGGGCAUUGAACAAAAAGAACUGUGGGCCAAUGACUAUUUAAGUUCCUUUAAAGUUGCUGCUUAUGUAACAAAAGAAGUUGAAGAGGAACCAGAAACUGAAAUUUUGAAGCAAGAAGUUGAAUCAGCAGAUCCAGCCUAUUGGGAAAAACUACUACGACAUCAUUACGAACAACAACAAGAAGAUAUGGCUCGUACUUUGGGCAAGGGCAAAAGAGUUCGUAAACAAGUUAAUUAUAAUGAUGCUAUGGGACCACAAGAUGAUUCUACAUGGCAAGAUAAUCUGUCUGACUACAAUUCUGACUUCUCCAUUCCAUCUGAUGACAAUGAAGACGACGAUGACUUUGAAGAGAAAAAUGAAGAAAAAGGAGUUAGAGGCCGUAAAGGUAGAAUGGGUCAAUCUGAGAGAGAUAAGCCAUUGCCACCUCUAUUGGCACGUGUAGGUGGAAAUAUUGAAGUUCUGGGAUUCAAUGCCAGACAGAGAAAAGCCUUUUUGAAUGCAAUAAUGCGCUAUGGCAUGCCGCCUCAAGAUGCAUUUAAUUCACAAUGGUUGGUGCGUGAUCUGAGAGGCAAGUCUGAAAAAAAUUUCAAGGCCUACGUUUCUCUGUUUAUGCGCCACCUUUGUGAACCUGGUGCUGAUAAUUCUGAGACAUUUGCCGAUGGCGUUCCUAGAGAAGGACUUUCUCGCCAACAUGUGUUAACAAGGAUUGGAGUUAUGUCCUUGAUAAGAAAAAAAGUACAAGAAUUUGAACACAUCAAUGGCCUCUAUAGCAUACCACCUGGGGAGCUCCCAAAUAACAAAAUGCCCGAAAUGCCUCAGGGUGCCUCUGCACCCACUAGUGGUAGUGGUGCAACUCCCACUGACAGCAAAGAAUCAACACCCGCUCCAACCCCUGCUUCAACACCCGCACCCUCUGCUGCAAUUGAAGAAAUCAAGGUGGAAGACGCAUCCUCAGAGCCCAAAGAAAAGGAAAAGACCUCUGAGGCAGCAGAAGAGGCUUCUAAAGAAGUUACCGAGCCACCAAAAGAAAAAGAAAAGGAAAAAAUUGAAGAGGUUAUAAUAGACGAUAAGAAAGAAGAAAAGGUAGAUGAUAAAGAUGAAAUAAUGGAAGUUGACUCAUCUGUGCCUGCUAAGAAAGAAGAAAAACCUGAAGUGUUUGAAGAUGAGGACAAAGAUGCGGAUAAAGAAAAUAAAGAUAAAUCACAUGAGAAUAAAGAAAAAGCCAAUGAUAAUAAAGCAGAGGUGAUUGAAAUCAAAGAUGAAGAUAAACCAACUAAGGAUGGUGAUGUGAAAGAGGAGCCUUCAGAUGGGAAAGGAAAGCGCAAAUUUAUGUUUAAUAUUGCUGAUGGCGGCUUCACUGAACUUCACACCUUAUGGCAAAAUGAAGAGCGGGCUGCUGUACCAGGAAGAGAGUAUGAGAUCUGGCAUCGUCGCCAUGAUUAUUGGCUUUUGGCCGGAAUAGUCAAGCAUGGAUAUGGUAGGUGGCAGGAUAUUCAGAGUGAUUUUGCUUUCAGUAUCAUAAAUGAACCUUUCAAAAUGGAUGUUGGCAAAGGGAACUUCUUAGAAAUAAAAAACAAAUUCCUUGCAAGGCGAUUUAAACUUCUAGAGCAAGCUUUAGUCAUUGAAGAACAGUUAAGAAGAGCAGCAUACUUGAACCUUACCCAAGAUCCUAAUCAUCCAGCUAUGGCUCUCAAUGCUAGGUUUGCAGAGUUGGAAUGUUUAGCUGAAUCUCAUCAACAUCUGUCAAAAGAAUCCCUUGCUGGCAAUAAACCUGCAAAUGCAGUUCUUCACAAAGUUCUCAACCAAUUGGAAGAACUACUGAGUGAUAUGAAAUCAGAUGUGAGUCGCCUUCCAGCCACUCUUGCUCGUAUCCCCCCUGUUGCCCAAAGACUGCAGAUGUCUGAACGAGGCAUCUUAUCUCGGCUGACUGGUCAACCUCAGCCGAAUAUGAAUGCAGCCUCCAAUCCCCAAGGACAGAGUCCUGCUUUUGCGAGCACACCCCAACAACAACAGUCAGGUUACCCCACACCCGGCGCACCGACUUUAUUCCAAGGAUCAACAUAUCCAACUUACAAUCAGAGAAAUCAGUUCUCUAUGGCACAGAGUCUUUUGUCGCAAACGCUCACUGCAGCAGAUUCUCAUUUCAACACCGGCAGUCAACCCCUAGGGCAACAUGCCAUGCCAAUGCAAACAAAUUCAGUUUCAAAAGUUUGACCAGAGUGAUGAUGUCUUGAUUCGUCCUUGUUCCUGUUUACAUUUUCGUUUCUCGUUGGGAAGGUGCAUUCUCGCUUUCAGGUUAUCCUGAAAGCUUUCCGUGUACUAUAUAUACAUACAUAUAUAUAUAUACAUACAACAAACCUUGUCCUCGAAUGUUGACGGAACUCAAGGCGACUGGAGGAUGAGCAGACGACAGUUCCUUCUUUUCUACCUGCGCACAUGUUGUCGUGUAGUGCUUGCCGAAUGUGCAGUGAGCAGUUCCACACAUGUUCUUUCAGACACCAUUGUCGGUUACCUUUUUUUUUUUUAAUUCCAAGGUUUUAUAUUUUAUUCAUUCUAUUUUAAUUUAUAGUUGAAUAAACAGGUGGAAAAUGAUUUUUUUAAAAUUUAAUUAAAUAUUUGGAAGUGUUAUAAAAUUUUUUUUGGUGUCACUUUUAAUAUUUUUAGUAUUAAUUAACCGUGAAAAUUAUUUAAAUAUCUCAGUAAUGUUAUUCGAUAUUGUUCUUUAAUUUCUAGAACUCUUAAUUCUAUUUAUUCCAGAAUAAGCAGCUUUAUUUAUUCUUCUUAAAAAAUGCAUGAUCAUAAGAAUAAUUACAUUCUAUGCUAUUUUCUUUUAAUAGAAUUGAAUUCAAUUAAUAUAAGAAUUUAUAAUUAAAAAAAUUAUCAAGAGUCAUAUUCAAUUAUUGACAUUCUAUUUUUAGAAUGUCACUUAUAUGUGAUAUUAAGGUGUCUAUGAGUAAUUUUUAUGGAUGUUGUAUUUUAUGGAUACUUCAGUUGUAAAUAAUGAUUUUGAAUUUUGCGAUGGGCUUGUUAUUAAAAAUAUAAAUAAAAUAUUUAUAAUUUAAGUCAUGGAACAAUUAAAAAUCAAUUCGAUUAAAAAAAAUAACGAAAUUGAAGGAAACAUUUUUUUAUAAAAGCUUUCUUGUAAAUAUAAUAGUUUAAUUCGAUUAUGUUUAAUUAAGUAUAGUUAAUAAGGUUUAAACUAUUCAUCUAAUGAACAAAGUCCAGAAUAUUUCCAGCUUCUAAUUAUUAUUUUUGAUUGUAUGGUAUUCUUUUAAUUUAAAAAUGAUUUUAAUGGAAUAUAGUCUAUAAAAGAUAACGAUUAUAAACCCAUUUUUGAUGUUCCAAACAAUUUCGAUUAAUCGAUUAUUUAUCAUUGCAAGCCCAUCAAAGAAAACAUUCCAUACAUUCGUUUUAUUUUAUUUUCGGAUUCUGCUAUCCGAUAAAAGCUUAACUAUGAUAUUUUUAAUUAAAAAAGGUAAAUAAAAUGUUAGUGUGAACUCACUGCACUUUCCAUGCUCAUAAAGAUCUACAUGUAGCUAAAUUGUCGCUAGUCGUUUUGUCAUGAAGGAAAAAACCACAAGGAACCAAGCUCUUCAAAUGCAGAGAGGACUGCUGUUGAAAAAUAGUUCCUGUCUUUGUCUACUCAUAGUAAAAAAGAACCGGAACACUCCACCGUUAAUUGGAUUUUAAAAUGUCUGUUAAUAUCAUUUACUUUCUUGUGUGUAGCAGUAUUUAUGUACUUAAUGAAAAUUGAACAACUUCAAAAAUCAUUCUCACACAAUUUUGUAUGCUUUUCCUGUUUGAAAAAUUUGUUGUUGUUGUUCUUUGUUUUUUUUAUGUUUGUGUUAUCUAAUUUUAUAAAGUAAUUCAUAAUUAAAAAAAAGAUUAUCAUCGCAAUUGCUCAUCGCUAAGAGUUUGUUUCAUGCGGAACAACAAUUUAUCAUAACAUUCUCCCUCCCAUUUGUCACCUGGUUAUGGGUGAUUGCCAAGUUCAGCUCAAACAUUAGAAAAAUGGCAUUGUUCAAUUCCCGGUCUUUCAAGUGAUGAACAACAGAUUGUUCGAAUUAUUCAAGAUGUGAAUGAUUGUAUUCGAUUUACAUUUUUGCAAUCACCCAAAAUUCAGUUGAAACAAUGAUGUAACUCAAAAUAAAAGUUCAAAUUUUAACUUAA